CGCGUCUAGUCGCGGAGGCGCAGCGGUGGACGCGUUCUGGAGCAACAUGGCUGACAGCAAGGCCAAGCCUGCCAAAGCUGCCAACAAGACACCACCCAAGUCCCCAGGAGACCCAGCCAAGGCUGCUAAGAGGUUGUCACUGGAGUCGGAGGGUGCCAACGAGGGUGCAGUUGCAGCUCCUGAGCUCAGUGCCCUGGAGGAGGCCUUCCGGCGGUUUGCAGUACAUGGGGACACCAGGGCAACAGGAAAGGAGAUGCAUGGCAAGAACUGGUCAAAACUGUGCAAGGACUGCCACGUGAUCGAUGGGAAGAAUGUGACCGUCACUGAUGUGGACAUUGUCUUCAGUAAGAUCAAAGGGAAGUCCUGCAGAACCAUCACCUUUGAGCAGUUCCAGGAGGCACUGGAGGAGCUGGCCAAGAAGCGGUUCAAGGACAAGAGCAGUGAGGAGGCUGUGCGUGAGGUGCACAGGCUCAUUGAGGGGCGAGCACCAGUCAUCUCUGGCGUCACGAAAGCUGUGUCCUCACCCACAGUGUCACGGCUCACAGACACAAGCAAGUUCACGGGCUCCCACAAGGAACGCUUCGACCAAUCAGGAAAGGGCAAGGGCAAAGCGGGCCGCGUGGACCUGGUGGAUGAGUCAGGCUAUGUGCCUGGUUACAAGCAUGCAGGCACCUAUGACCAGAAGGUGCAGGGGGGCAAGUAGCCUUACAGGCCGGAGCUCUGGACACUACAGGUGGCAGGCGCAGGACUUACACCCAUUGCACUUCAUUACAUUCCUAUGUUUAACUGGGCAGAACUCAGAAUGCACCUCCACUAGGUGAUGGUGGGGGCAGUGCCCAGGCCUCCUCCUGCUGGGUGCUUUGACACUUCUCUCUCAGACCCCAGGUUUGGGCCGUGAUUCAUUGUCCUGUCCUAACAUACCUGCCCUGUCCACAGCUUGGAAGUGGACUGCUAUUUCCAAACUGUCUCCCAGGAUCAUACCACACUGGCCACUUGAUCUGCAGGUAAAAGGGGGUUGUUUUGGGUACUGGAAGAAAUGAGGAUAAGCAGAGCAGAUGUCAAAACUCAUGCUGACCUUAUCUAGGCACUUUUAAGGCGGCAGGAGCUAAUGAACUAACCAACUGCAUAGAGUAAUCCUAAACAGGCCCCUUCAUCUUUCUUGACCAGAGCACAUGGCUGAGGCUACUUGGUGGGUUGUGCCAUUGUGUGUGAGAACAAUUCACAUCAGCCUACAUGCACGUGCGUGGACACACAUGCACACAUGCGUAUUCACCAACCGAGUCUGUGCUGAGAGUGGCCAAGAGAAAAUGGAAGCUCUCUGGUGACCAGGGGAGUGACUUGGAGUGUGAAGCUGGAAGUUUCUUCAGUGUUGUUCUAAAAAAAUGUGCUUGGUCUCAAGAGUGAUCCAGGGAGAUUCAGAACAUCAAGCUGCCAUGUCCCAUCACCAGGUUGGGACUCACAUGAUGCUGAGAUACUUCAUCCAGACCAGGCCUGGGCAGUUUUUCCACCAGUGUGUUAUGGAAGCCUUUGCCAGGGCAAGUUAUGCUAUGUUUUGCUCAAAUUAUGUCUUCAGCUCUAUGGAGCCUUCUCUGGGUUCAUUUUUCCUAACUUUUCUCGCAAGUGCAAGUGCAGGGCACUGGACACCAGAACUAGGCCCAAGAAAGAUCUGCAGUGUCUGCUAAGGUUUCUUUUUCUGCCACAAGAGAGAAGUCAGGACUCAGCUCAUCCAUGUGUGAGGGUGCCACUUAGCCGGGACCAGAGGCAUGCACCAUCCUCACCAGAGCCCCACAGCAAUUUUCCCUUUGCAUUAACAUAUCCCUAUCCUUGCAUGCAACUUGGUGGACUGUGUGGCCUUGAUCUAGAGAGAACACACAGUGGCCCCAGGAUAUGCUCCCUUGAGCAGAUGGCUGUCGAGGGUGGGGUGUCUUACAUGACUUGGACAGCAAGGUUGUCUUCCCCACUGCCAUGGCACAUAGUCACAAUGUCCACCUCUCUGGGGCUCAGAGAGCAUGCCUUUGCUGCAACGCCAGGGAAGAUGACUACUAGCCAAAGAGAGAAAAGCAUGGGCCUCAGUACCAGACCUCCCAGCAGCAGGCCCUCUGAAGGUUCAAAGUUAACAAACCCCUCAACACAGCCACCACUGAAAGAUGGGGAUGGUCAGCUUCCUCCCAAGGUUUUGUGAGUUUGCAGUACUUGGCAAGCGGUGGAGCCUCCUUUCUGAAAUCUUACCUCACUGGUCCGAGGAAACAAAAGGACCCUGGCACUUCUCACACUCUCACCCAGAACCCCUAGUCCCCAUGUGGCUGGCAGUCUCUUGGUCUGAGGAUGCUCUUUUCUACUGCCUAUCAACAGCCUAGUAAAUGGAACAGCCAAGUAAAAUGGAACACACACAAAUCCAUCAGGAGGUGACAACAUGUGGGCCAGGGCAGAGGGGGGCUAGUGUGGCAUCAGGGAGUCCCCACAACAUGUAGCGGGUCAGAUGUUUCCCUGACCCCAUAGUAGUUUGAAAACCCUGGACAUUGCCUUCUGUUCAAAGGGCCAAGAUGCCAGAAUGGUGUCCAGAUGAAGACUCAACCCAAGUCCAGGGUUAACAACCCAGGGACACCUAGGAAACAAUGUAAGUGUCCACCUUCACAGGACCACCCAGCUUCAUGGGGAAAGCUUCAUUAUAAACUGGUCACCUCUCCCAUGUGCUCAGGACUGAACAGAAAAGCUCAGAAUGGCAAGCUCAUACAGGUCCUGGGCAGUAGAGGGCCAGAACUGCCAUCAGAGUCCCCAAAGGUAUGAUCCUCAGAAGGAAAGCAUUCCAGGAAAGCACUUAAGAAAAUGUUUCUAACACAACUUGGACUCUGUAAAUGAAAAUUGGGUCACUCUGCCUUGCCGGUCCUCACUGUCCUAGCACAGGAACUGAGCACUCUUGGGGUCCUGCAGGAUAGUCCGAGGCCCGCCCAUGUAGUUCCUCAGCAGCACCCAGAACUAUGUCAGACAAGUGGUCUUCAUUGUCCUCCCUUACCCCCAGAGUUUCCUCAUACAGCACCUUUCUCUAGUCAGUGUUAAGUUUAACUUUGAAAAUAAACCCUCCCACUAGAUGAUAUAUGUCAUCUAGAAAGGAAAGGGUGGUAACAAUUAGAUCACAAAGACUUAGUGUCUCCAUACCAUCAGUUUAAAGUAUCUAUGGAAUUUGUUGUGGCAUCUGUGUACCCUCUCAACAUAGAAACCGAUUCGAAUCCAACUUUGCUGCACAAAACAGAUGUGUAUUUUCCUCAGUUUGAUUUGAACACACAGGUAGAGUUUGUCUCUGUUGCAUGUUUUAUGCGAUACCAAUUAACUAUUAAUAAUUAUGGAUAAUAGAAUUCAGUGUCUGUGAAUAAAAACAAAAACUGCACAGCAUGCAAACCAAGACCCAGGGCCAUUUGCUAUUAGGUGACAAGCACACAAGAGACAGCUAGGUUCUCACAGGGGACGACACCCAGGAGACAAAAAGGUACAUUUGAAGAAGACACUCAGGAGACAGAGACAUGUUCUCUUGAGUUAUGACAGUAAAGAAUAAGGACAGGUUCUGUCAGGGACGACACUCAGGGACAUGGAUCAGAGUGACAGAGUCAUGUUCUGUUGUGCGUGACACUCAAGGAUAUGUUCUGUCAGAGUAAUACUUGGAUAUAUUCUGUUGGGGGUGACACCCAGGAACGUGGUCUGUAGAGGGAGAUAUACAGGGACACAUUCUGUUAGAGGUGACAUUCAGGAGAAAGGGACAAAUUGCAGGGAAGAGCCAUGCAGAUGGUGUCUUAAGUGUCAGGGAACGAUGGUAGGUAGAUUGGAGGCUGUCUGAAAACACUGACUCUAGUAGAACCCCUAUUUAUUUCUAUUUAAUGCUAUGAACAACCAGUUAGUGAAAAUGCUUUACCAAAAUCAGAGUUCAAAUUACGUAUUUAAAUAUUGUUGAAAUAUCUAUAUUUAUACUGGAGUAUUUUUACACCUUUCAGUAUCCUAUCUUAUAUUGGGGCAUAGGGACAUUAUGACAGACGGAGAUAGUUUUGAAAUGGGCUGCAUGACAGUUCUGCCACCUUUCUGUAGUCUGUCCCAGGGAGUUGACAGGUGUCUGCCCUGAGCCAAGACCCAACCUUACCACUCCCAGAGGCCCUGGGCUGCUUCAGCUGCCUGUUUCAGUCAAUAGUUUUACUGGCACACAGCUGUACCCAUGUGUUUGCAUACUGUUUUGUAGCUGCUUUGGUAUUACAACUGGCUGGGAGGAUUGAGACAGAUGCCAUGGCACAGAUACAUAUGGUAUUUGCCACCUGUCCUUUUUCAGGGAAACUGUCUCUCUCUCUCUCUCUCUCUCUCUCUCUCUCUCUCUCUCUCUCUCUCUCUCUUUCUCUCAACUUGUGUACUACCUGGCUAUGACAUGGGCACAUGGGGGAAGCCCUGCCAAUUAAGAAUGGCAAGAGUGACAAUUUAGCUGUACUGUGAAGACAUCAGUAGACAAAGUAUCCUUCCAACACUGAGCCAAACUGCUCUUCUUCACCAACAUACUACUGACCAUUCUGAACUUUACAGUUCACGGGUGUGGCCAUCUUGGGACGCUUAAAUUAUCUCUUCCUUUAGACUUCUUAACUAAACCAAGCCAAACAACAAAGCCUGUACAACUUAAACUUGAAAGGAAUAAUAUGCUACUACUAGUAGUUUGUACUAAGUUUUUUUUUUUUUUCAAGAAAGGGAGUUAAGUUUAUAUAUAUGUGAUAUAUAUUUUUACACUAUUUUAUUAAUGUUAGGGAAUAUGGAGUUUAUCACUUUAUCAGUGUGAUGGGUAAUGUUGAUGCCAUGGGUGUUCUGACUCAGAAAGACAUUUAUGCUGACAUCUAAACCACACUUGCUCAGAAUGUCUGUCAGGUCAGGAUGGCCCUGCUGUCUGUCUGUCCCUCCUAUAGAGUGCAAGGCAUCUAGUCACCUAGUUGGACAUAUGGCCUGGCUCAUAUUGCUUUAGUGAAACAGCUUGUGUCUAUCAACAUUUCGUUCAUUGUGUUUGCUGUUAUUAACAUUGUGUGUCAAGUUGGUAAAGUGAUGAAUAAAGGUUUUAAAAUAUGGA